AUGAGUUGUAUAUCUGUUCAAAAACAUGUCAACUAUGGAGAAGUGAUUUUAAUUGUAGGUGAUUGCCAUAAAAUAUAAUGGAAUAUUUUGAAUGGAAUUUAAAUGUAAUGGAAUCAAAAUGACAUCUGGACUGUAACACUGGACUCAUGUUGUCUACCAAUCAACUAUCGUUAUGUAGUUGUUAAGUAAUGCAAUAGAUAAAUAGUUGAAUGGGAAGAUGGAAACAAUAGAGUUAUCAAUUCUCAUCAAGAUGUCCAUGAUGUUUGGGGUCAAAUUCGUAUCACUCUCAAAUUAAUUACCGAUAUUCAUUCCAACAUAACCCUAAAUCUCUAUUCAAAUACAGGUAAAUCAAAGAUUCCACUUAUUUCAUCAAAUGGACAAUCCACAUCUACAUUCCUCAUACCUAAUAAAUCUAUUCAUCAACUUGCCUAUAAAUACCAAUCCAAUUAUAAAUGGGAAAGAGGGGCUGUUCGAAUGAUCCAUACACAUCCUAUUAUCAAUAAUGUCAUCCAUGUGACUGAUUCUGCUGUCGAUUUCAAUCUUAACUACAAUCGAAUUUUUUAAAACUUAUACGUUGGUUCAUUUAUUUAUAUCGAGUAAUUAUUUUAUUUUAUAUAAUAGCGAAAUCACAAUUCUAUAAGAAUUAGGUAUCAAUGCCAUAAUAAACUUAUAGACUGUUGAAGAUUUAAUUAACAAAGAUUUACCUGAAGAUUAUUUUGAUCAACUUUCAUCUCAAAGUCAAUCUCAAAGUAUCGUUUAUAUACAUUGUCCGAUAAGAGAUUGCAACAAAAGAUCCUAUCUAUAAAAUGGAAUGCAAGCUUAUUAGAUCCUCAAAAAACUGUUGGAUCAAGGCAAAUGCGUAUACAUCCAUUGCACAGAUGGGAUUUAAAGGAGUGUUUAAACUAUUAUCCUCUACAUGGUACAGGAUUUGAAUUACUCUCUCGAAUAGGCUAUUUAAUAAAUUUAAAUGAUCAGGCCUAGAUCGAAGCCUAUUCGCGAAGUUGUUUAGAAACUCCUAGAAGUUUGA